UUCUGGGUUCUCAGAUUGGUUUGAUCUGCCUUUAAAAAAAAAAAAGAUUGGUUUGAUUUGCGUUUUUGUCAGUUCUAGAUCUGAUUUACCUUUUUUUAAAAAAAAUUUUAUUCUCAAUAGAUAUCUAGCAUUCGAUUGUAAUCCUUGUAGUCUCACUGCACUUACAUUUGAUCCGUUUGGUUGCCAAGAAUAUGGAAGAAGUGGAAAGAAGUGAAAAUGUGAUUUAGAGCCUUACUUAUUUUUAUAAAUUUGGCUUUGACAGGAUUAAGUUGCCACUAUAACUAGUGCAGAUAGUGGUACGAGGCUCAGUUAAGUGAAGCUUUAGCUCUGUUGAGUUCCCAACAUCGACAAGUCUGAAGUUAAUUUUUUUUUUCGUUUCAUAUUAUCUCGGUAUUCUUAGAACGAAUAGCAUAAUAAAAAACUACCCUCAAAUCCAACUUAAGAUGCUUCUACGACAGAUAGAGCUUACGUCUUUUUAAUUUAUAUAAUCUUGAUCAAUGUUGUUGCGUUUUGAAACUUUAAAAACGAUUCUACAAUCUUCAUAUUUGUGGCCUUGUCUGCACUGGUUUGUUAUCUUAAACAAUUUUGGAAAUCAACAUUUUGCCUGUUUGAUUUCUGUUCUCAGAGAAUGGACUCUAUCCCUGAUGCCAUUCUUCAGCAUAUAUUGUCGCACAUCAACAAUGCUAGGGAUGUGGUAGCCUGCAACUCUGUUUCUAAGAGGUGGAAAGACUCGAUGCCUUAUAUUCAUAGCCUUUACUUCCCGCGAAACUCUUUUGACAAUCAUACUGGUUCAGGAAAUCCUGACAUCAUUGUGUGGAAGAUGCUAUCAUCAAUUGUUCAACUAGAGGAGCUUGUCGUGUAUAGCCCAUUUUCUGGAGCAGGCCUUUCUUCGUGGCUUUCACUGAUAGGUCCAUCCCUCCAGCGUCUUGAGCUCCGAAUGGAUAACCUUGCCGAACUUCAGACCUUUAAUGAGAACCCCUCAAAACUGAGUUGCAUCAGUGUUGCCAUGAAUUUGGAAUCGCUAAAACUUUGGGGUGUGUUAAUGACCCUCCCCAAGUGGAAUGUCUUCCAAAACCUAUGGAACCUUGAAAUUGUUGGGGCGAGAAUGGAAGAUUCUGCAUUAUCGGCUGCACUUGAUGCUUGUCCUAAUCUGACCAACUUGUUGCUGCUUGGUUGUGAAGGGGUUAGAUCGGUUUUAAUUGACUUGCCUCAUUUGCAGCAGUGCAAGCUGGAUUUUUAUGGCUUGGGUAACUGCUCUCUUUCUCUCACAUCCCCCAAAAUCGAAUUCCUUGAAGUUCAAGGUUGUAGUUGGAUUAGGGUUCAUGAGACAAACUACUUGAAGAAUCUUUCAAUUGCAAAUAAUGCAGGGAGAGUCUACUUGGUGGACUUUGGGAAACUUGAGGCUCUAGAGUUCUUGUCCAUCAGGGGAGUCCAGUGGUGUUGGGAUGCAGUAUGUAAUAUGCUAAAAUGGGCAAGCGAAGUGAAGCAUCUCUACAUGAAGGUCGAGUUCACUGGGGAUUUUGAGGCCCUUCAACCCUUUCCGGAGAUUGACUUGGUUGAGUUUUUUAAUAGUCACCCAAAAUUACAAAAGUUCGAUGCCCAUGGUGCCAUGUUUGCUGCUCUCUGCCAGAAGAACAGCCUAAAACACGUGGACUCGGGAUUUGUAAUUCCAUGUCUGGAAGAGGUGGUGAUCACAGUGCGAUCGCCACUAAAUGCUGAACAGAAAAUGAGCACUCUUGAGUCCUUGUUGAAGUAUGGGAAGAAUUUGAAGGCACUGGUAAUAAAGAUUUUGCAGAUGAAGAGCAGUCAUAGCAGCGCAGAUGAUUUCUUUGAUGAGAUUUGCAGGUUUAGAUACAUGAACCGCCAUAUAGUUCGAAUGGAAUGAAGUUAAUAGGGGGCCAAUUCGUCUCUAAUUCAUGCAUUUAGUUUGAGUGACUAUAGUCUUAUCCUCUGAUUACAGCUUGACUUCUGAUCUAAUUAUAACUGUGAUCAUUCUUUAAUGAUUAUAUUCACAACAUCCUCUGUUUUACCUCC